CCUCUUGGGCACAUUCUCAUUCCAAAUCCAUAUGAAAUCAUGUUAAACUCAGACACCUUCUUCAACACUUUAUCAAACAACAACAACAAGAAGAAGAUUCAAAGGCGGUUCACCAACCAACAGAUCAAAUCGCUCGAGACCAUAUUCCAAUUUGAAUCCAAACUCGAACCUCGUAAGAAGUUGCAAGUUGCUAAAGAUCUUGGGUUGCAACCAAGGCAGGUCGCGAUUUGGUUUCAAAACAAGCGAGCGCGAUGGAAAUCAAAGCAGUUGGAACGAGAUUACAACGUACUAAAAGCGAGUUAUGAUUCACUUUCUUCUAGUUACGACGUUCUCAACAAAGAGAAUCAAUCGUUAACCCAACAGUUGAAAAGGCUGCAUGAAGUGAAGGAGAAGAAAGCAAAAAGCUUUAGCUCAGGAGGGAAUUCAAGCAAUUCAAAUCAAGAGAAGGUGUCCGAAUCCGAUGCUGACAGCAGCAUGAAACCAGAAUAUGUAGAACAUGAUAUGGAAAAUAUAAAUGGAGAUAAAUGGGAUGAUUUGGAGUGUGAUCAACUGCUAGAUGAUGACACAAGUAACCAGUGGUUGAACUUCUGGUCUUGAAGAAUAUGAAAAAUAAUGGGGUAGUUUAUUCAGUUUAUGUACAAUAUCUUAAUAAGGCAUGAUCAUGGAUGGAUGGUAACUUAUUGUCAAGAUGAUGAAUUAUUAGUUUUAACCUCUAGAAUAUGCUUAUGAGUAUGAUAAUUGAUUCAUAUAUGAUAAAUAUAAGGUGAAUCAAAAUGGUAUAAAAAGUGACUAUUUAAUAUAA